AUGGCGGAAGCUGUAGGGCUUGCGUUGGGGACCGUUGCAUUAGCUUCUCUGUUCAGUGCCUGUGUGGAGCUGAUUAAUUAUUUCGAGCUGGGCAAAAGCUAUGAGUAUGACUAUGACCUGGCAUGCUUGAAAUUGUACGUACUCAAGGCCAGACUCGACACAUGUGGCAAGACACUGAGUAUUGACGAUGCUGCUCAUGAGUCACACCGGCUCCGACAACACUGGUCACAAGAACAAGAUGUCAUAAUUCGCAGCUUGUUGGGGAUCAAGAAUAUCAUCGGUAACGCGGAAGUACUCAAGGAUAAAUAUAGGCUUGUGCCCCACAAGCCCAAUGGUUUAUCCAAUUUUCAUACUAUACGCACCAAAGACUACAACUCAUUAGGCUCCUCGCGCCCACCAAAAUCAAGUCGUCGCCUCUCACUAUUCCGUCGAUCAACCAUUUGGGCCAUUCGUGACAGACAGAAGUUUGACGCGCUGUUGAACGACAUGGAGUUCUUCAUCUCAAACGUUGAGCUUGUUGUUUCGCGGUUGAUGGCGAAACAACCUAAGGAGAAAGACCGAAGACCGGUGGACCCUCAUGUCGAAAGCGAAGACUAUGAAUAUACAUCCGAUAUCGUUAUGACCGACGAGUCCCUCCGAAAUGGGCAAGUAGGUACAGUUUUCUGGGAUAGGAAGAACCACACCAAAGAAGAGCAAAAGAAAUUAAUUGCCGAUCCCAGAGACGGUGGACGUUCUUGGUCAAAAGGUGGACGUGAUUUUAAGAUCGAAAGGACGUCUGGUCAUGCCAUAUAUGCCCAAGGCAUUCAAGGCGAAGUGAAGGUCACUCCUACAGCGCCAGGGCAGCGCGACUCAUACACAGUUGCAAAAAUGGAAGACGAGUCAUAUGGUGCACAGGGUUACAACAGCGAGCAGAGCCUCCGGGACCUGCAGGAAGCCCGCCUAGCAAUGAUUCAGGCUUUACGCUCCGACCAAUCAAAUGGCUCGCAAAAUGCCAGGCAGGCAAACAAUUUUGGUGGUGCAGGACGACGUCUGGAUGAAUAG